AUGAAGGGUGCUUCAGAUCUCAGCCCCAGGAGAUGGAUUUACUGGCUAUUCCAAAUUGGCUUUAUAAAUACUGGACUUAAUUCCUGCCAGGCAGUACCCAUUGUCGGAGGUCGGAUCGUGUCAACCGUGGGCAGCGGGACUAGUAAAUAUCCGUUCAUGGUCUCAUUGCAAGAUGUAGUUACGGGAAAUGUAACAAUCGGUGUUUCCUAUCAGCACUUUUGCGGUGGCAGCCUAUUAAAUGAUCGUUGGAUUCUGUCUGCAGCUCACUGCGUUUGGAGGAAAAACAUUCACAAAAUUGCUGCCUUUAUUGGCUAUGAAAAUAUAGAAAACAUUGGGCAGCUGGAACCAUAUGGUCUGGAAAGCGCCGAGUAUAUUUACUUCCAACCCUCAAACUUUCGGAAUGAUAUAGCGUUGCUGUAUAUGAAACGUCGCUACUGGAGUGCCCUAAGUAAUACCCUACAAUUCGCCCAACUCCCUCCACAGGGCAUGAAACCAGACCAAAACGAAUCCUGUCGGAUAAUUGGCUAUGGAGCUACCCAACAUGCUGGACCCUGUCAGAAGAAACUGUUUGAGGCUGAAGUGCGAGUGAUUGAUAAUCAGAAGUGCCGGAAUAUAAUAGGACACAUCUGGGCGCCACAGAAUGGAGCGAAUACGGUGUGCGCCCUGGGCAACAAUCAGGACUCUUGUCAGGGAGAUUCGGGCGGCCCCCUGAUAUGUCCUUAUGGAGGCAAGGACUACAUCUACGGCCUUGUGUCCCAUGGACUGACUUGCGGCAUCGAAGGUAUGCCCAGCAUCUAUACGGUGACCAGACCCUACUACGAUUGGGUCCAGCUGCUGGUGCAGUCCUAGAUCUCUGGUGAUCUCGUAUAAAUAGUAUAUUUAUUAUGCGAUGUCAAACAGAACAGUUAUGAAUAUAUGUAUACUUAAACAAUGCA